GAAUUGCUUCCAAACAUUAACUUUAAAAAUUAAAUACAUGUUGCGCGGAGCUGCUAUAUCAUGGCAGCCAUCAUUCGAAAGUAAACAUAAACAAACACAUGAGUUUUGAAAUUCAGUAAAGCGCUUAUGGUGUUUUCCGUAGAACUAUUUAAUUAAUUUAACUGUACAGGGUAAAAAAGUGAGAUUUUACGAUUAAAAAGAUUGUGUAUCAUUAUUAAAUUGAAAUAUUUGGAUUUAAGCUUCUAAUAAUUUUAAACUUUUCUUAUAAUGUUGUAUAAAAUUGUUAUAAAUUCAUGCCAGUUCUCAUGUUUUUAAUUUACAAUUGUGUCUACUAUCCAUGACUGAAAAUGAAAAAAGUGAUUUGCUCAACUCUAACUAUCUCAAUAUCAGUGAAACUCUGACAUCUGAUACCUUGACAGCUGUGUCUCAACUAGACAAUACUUUGUUCAUUGGAACAAACAUGGCAAUUGGAGCUCCAUGCUUAUACGCAGCUUUACCUGCUGAGAUAGCUAACAAUUAUCCUGAAGGGACUGUUUUGCAAAUACUGUCUGAGGCACCGCUACUCACUGUUCCCCCAACAAUAAAUACUACUAUGGUCACUUCUACUAGUUCAACAGCUGUUUCCAGUUUAUCCUCUUUCUCAGCUGCACUCUUAGAUGAGCAAAAUUCCUCUUUACCUAACCUAUUAGUUAAUUCCAAUCAAUGUGGAACUCAAGAAGGUAUUUGUUCUGAAGGAAAUAUGUCUGACAUUGAUCUGAGUUUUUUAAAUGAUACUGAAGAACCUGUGUCUACUUCCAAAGAUUUAAAUGAUGCUCAAGUAAAAGAGCUGCAGUCAAUGAUUGACAUUGUAGAACCUAACUCUUUAGGAAUUAUGCAAAACAAUCCUUCUCAUCUGAUCAAUGCUGGUUUAGAAACUGAGCAAGCUAAGUCGCAUAAUCCAAAACCAACAGAAGGUGCUGGAGAUGUUGUUGUUAUAGAUGUCUCUAAACCUAUUCAACUAUCUCAGAAUUCUUUGAUUAAAGUGAAUGGUCAAAAGUGUGUGCUUCAACAAGACCCUGAGACUGGGCAAGUCAUAGCCUAUCCAGUUAAAGACCCAGAUAAAUCUCAUCGCAAACGUGGAAGACCAAAAAGAAAAAUAUCAACUGACCAAAACGAUAAAAAUGCUAGUUUGAGUAGUGAAUGUGUACCUGCUGCAGAAGCUUCUGAUGAAGAACAAGAAAAAGGUCUUCUGGAAGUAGUAAAUGAUGAUGGUUCAUUGGUACGUAGAAGUUCAAGAAAAAGAAAGAAAGCUAGAGUUUUGAGAGAUUAUGAAACUGGUAAUCUUAAACAAGAGCUAGGUAGUGAUGUUGAAGAUUCUAAUUUGUAUGAUGAUACUCAAUUACAAUUUCGCCGAAGAAGACCUAAAGGUCCAGGGAGGCCACGAAAACUUACCCCCCAGCACACUUCAUCUACUAUUUUUAACGAUAUGAGAGAAACUUCACUCAAUAAACGUCCUAGGGGGAGACCUAGAAAACAGAUUUUGGAAAAGGAACCGACUCAAGCCUUUUUAGUUCAAACUGCAGAUGGUCAGACCUUAAUGAUGCAAGUUCCUUUGUCUAGUAUUCCUGCUGGUGUUAGCUUACAAGAUGUGGCUCAAAGCAUUGCCAACAGAUUGAACACAGGACUCAGUAUGGCCAAUAACAACUUAAUGGCAACUCUAAAUGAGUCAGCAAACUCUAAAAGUGGUAACUCAAACCUUCUUUUGAAUGGAGAAGGUAUAUCCACUUCUGAAAAUACACCUGAACCAGUUGUUCAAGAUCAUUCAGUUGGAAGUACUACAAAUUUUUCAUCUGCUGAUCAGUCAAUUGAAGAAAGGCUCAGUAGUGAACAGGAGCACAACUCCUGCUCAAAUGUCAUGUCUCAGAUCGAGGAAACGAUCGUAUGUUCUUCGGAUCAUUCGCGAAUCAUAAGUCAAGAUGCCAUAAAUGAUAACAAGUCAGAUAGUUUCAUACCUGAAAACCUACUUAAGAAACACUUUCCAAAUAUUGAUGCUGGUCGCUCUGAUAAUACCUUCUCUACUAACAUUCCCACAACUUUAUCGUUGACAAAUAACUCUUCCAUUCUUACUAGUCUUCCUGAAUUAUGUGUCAAUCAAAAGCCAGAACAAGAUCUUGUUAGCAAUCUUACACCUGAACAUUUUACCAAAGACUUUCUUUUAGAUGGAGAUUUUUUAAAAGACAAAGUAAACUUACAAUUUCUUUUACAAAAUGUUGAAACAUCUGAAGAUACAGUGCCUAAUUUUAAAACUCAAGCUGUUAAUUCAAUUCCAGAUCAAGAAGAUAUAUGUCUUGACUCAACGCAACCUUUUGUCUCAAUUUCAUCUCAUUCUGUUACAGAAAAAAAAGAUACCCCUUUUACUGUGUCAAACAUAACAAAACUACCUGACACAGAUACGAACUUAAUUGUAAGUGUUCAAGGGCAUGAUUAUUCAAAUCAUGAUACUGCAGAAUCUAACUUUCACCACAACAUACACAGUGAUGAGAUAUCUCGUAAACAUGCUAUAAUUAGUAGUAUUGAACAUGACCAUGACUUUCUCUUUCAAACAAAAACCCCGCCAAUUUCUGAAAACUUAACUUCUAGUGCUACUGAGCUUACUUUAACCAGAAGUAGUGUUGAUUCUAAAAUGCAACAUUUGGAACAAAUCCUACCAUUAGAUGAUUUAUCAACAAUUUUUAAAGUAUCUACAAUAACUGAAAAAUCUGCUUCGACAUUGGUUACGCAAUCCUCUACCGCCACUGUUAUUCCUGUAACAGAGGAAGAAAAAGAUCAGGAAAUAAUUUCAAUUACUCAAGAUGAAGUUCACAAAAAGUGCAAGAUAUGUCGCAAGAUUUUCAGCACUGAGGACGAACUCAUUUCACACUUUAAAUCUGAUCAUCCUAAAUGUAUCUGCAAUGAAUGCAACUAUAUGGCUGAACAUAGUUAUGUUGUAAAAAGGCAUGCUUUAAGGCAUAUGAAUGCUGGCUGUGUAUGCAAAUUAUGUGGAAAGCGUUACAAGGACCAUUACAUUUUAAAAAUGCAUAUUAAAAUGGUGCACUUACCAGCAGAAACGAUGUAUACCUGCGAGAUUUGUAACAAAAAAUUCACACGGAAAGCUCAUCUUAAAAGACAUCUUAGAAUUCAUGAACCUGAUAGACCCUACAAAUGCUCCUUUUGUGAAUAUAGAGGAUGUGAAAGAUCUGAUAUUACAAAGCAUCUUUUAGUUCAUGAAACUCCAAAACACAAAUGUCAUUUGUGUGGAAAAAUUUUUCGUCAUACAAAAAACAUUGAAUUGCAUUUAAAAAGGCACUACAAGCAAAGAGAUUAUAAAUGUGGCAUUUGUGAUUUCUACGGCUACACGUUCACUGACAUACGAAAGCACAUUGAGAGGAGGCACACUGGCUUAAGCUCUUCUAGCUCAGAUCAUGCUUGUCCCAACUGUGGUUUAGUGUUCAGUAGUAAAGAAAUUCUCGAAACCCAUAAAAGUAAUGGUUCGUGCCAAAUAUGUAAUGUUGAUCAAGAACUCGCCACAAAAGAAGUUGUUAUUUCAACAGAUGCUCAAAAGCAUGCUUAUGUAACUUUAUUAGAAAACAUUCCACUAAACAUAUUGGAAGAACCUGAACAGUCUGAAAUUGGCACUUUAAAAAUGGGAUCCUCUGAAGUCAAAUUGAGAACCGAUUCUGUUGUACUAAAUAAUGUGGAUGACAGCAACAUUCCAGCAGAACAACAGCUAGUAAUUAAUGGAUUUGAAACAUCAGAUCUUUUGUCUUCUGACGCUAUUUCUCUUUUAUCCGUAGAUAAAGAUCCUAGUAAACUAGUAACACUUGUUUCAGAGAAUGGGAAAAAAUUUUCUUACACAAAGAAGGAGUUGCCUGAUUACCUUGAUGUCUUAGCAUCUGUUAAUAACACUAGUAAUGAAGCAGCUAUUUUCUUGGGUGAGAUUGAAACAGAAGUGUGUACAUAAUGUUCAGUGGAUUUAAUACAGUAUUCAAGAUUCAUAUAUGACUGAAAACCCAAUUUUGUAUUAUCAGUUAAAAAUUGAAAUCCUGGUGUGACUACUACUGUAACUGUCCACAUUAUCAGUAUUCUAGACACAAUAAUUUUUAAAUAUUUUGACUAUGCUGACCACCUACCUAAAUAUUCAGUUCUAUUUUAAUGUUUACUUUAUAAAUUGUAUUAAUUAGCUUUUUCAGGUCAAUAUAUUAUUCUAUAAUUGAUAAUUAAUCAUACAUUAAACUUAAUUAUUGCUCAAAAUAUUUUAGUAUUUGUGUUAUAAGCAAUAUGAGUAGUAAAAUAUUUUAAGUAUGCUAUUAUAAGUAAUAUGCAAAUUUAUGUAUUCUUUGAUUAUUCAAUUUUUUCUCGUGACUGCUGUCACUGCAAAAUGUAAUUGUUCUUUUUUUAAAAAAUAGCUGACACACUCAUGCAGUAUGUUCUGUUAUGAUCAUCUGUCAUAGAUAUUUUUAGAAUCCUUCAAAAAAGUUUUGUAAUAAAAAAAAACAUUUUCCAACUAUGAUUAAUCAUACUUAUAUUUAAUAAAAGUAAAGGAAGAAUUAAAAUAAUUUAAGGGCAGCUUCUUUUAAAAUAAUACUUAUAGGUAAUUUCUAGCAAAAGGCGAAUGUGUUAUAGUCUCAUGAUAAACUGGUUCUUUUUUUAUCCCUAACUCACUCUUCACCUGAUCUUAAUAAUGAUUUGUCAAACUUUAAAAGUGUUUUUACUCACACAAAUAUUAGUUUGUGAUCCGAAAUAUAUAUAUAUUAAGGAGGGUUGUUAUAUCCUGUGUAGGUAUAUACAUAUACGGAGUGAUUAUAAAAUAAUGUUGCCUUCAUGUGACCCUCUAAAGAGCAUACUGUUUGAGUGAAAGGAAUAAAAUUUUGUGCCUAAGUAUUAUGAUCGAUGCACUCAAGAAUGAUAUUAAAUUAUUGUCUAACACAGUUCCAGUUACAGUGAUAUAAUUUAGAAAUUUUCAUAAGGCAUCACACAUUUUUUUUAUUGAAAUAUAAUCCUUGUAGUAAAAAAGUUGAAAGGAUACUUUUAGCACAAAAAAUUGUGACACAAGGCUUUUGCCCAGUGUCGCCAUUUUUGUGACCACUAACGAGAAGAGAGUGUGAUAAAAAAUUUGUCUUGGAAAAAGCAUAGUGUUACAAUUUCUUGUGCUCAAAAUAUUGUUUUAACUCCAGUUUAGGUUUUUAAUACCAGAAUUACUAUAAAAAAAAUGAAUGGUUGUUUCAAUAAAAAAAUGUGUGUUGCCAUUUGAAAACUUCAAAAUUUUGUAACUAUUACCGUAAAAGCUACGCAAUUUUUUACCACUCUUGAUUGCAUAGAUCAUAGUGCAUGUUUGCAAAUUUUUAUUUCAUUCACUCUAAUGGUAUGCUCUCCAGGAGGUUAUAUGUCGGCAAAAUUAUUUUAUAAUCACCCUGUGUAUAAUAUAUACUUAUAUAUAUAUAUAUAUAUACUUUUAUAUAUAUGUUUAUAUGUUUUCAUAUUGUAAAUGUGUUGGUUACAACUUGGGGACAUCACAUGCCAAAGUAGGGCACUUGCUGAGCUUUUCAAGUUGGUUAAGUAAUUAAUUAAACUGCAGGCAUUUCUUUUGCUUAGGUAAAUACAUUUUUUAAAAAUUACAAUUUGGAAGCAUAAAAUUAACACAUUAAUAUUAUUCAAGUUAGUAAAACUAUUAGUUAAAGUGCUCACAAACUGCUGCCAGUCCAUUAUGGGAAAGUGUCUUGUGCCGUAUGGGAUAUUUCCUUUCAUGGCUUGCUAUAUAAUUCCUUAUUUUACAAUAUGCAAAUCCUUAAUUGGAAGGCACCCCUGUAAUCAUAUAAUGGCAGUCAUAGGUUGCUAUAAAUUUCCCUACCACCCGUUACAGUUCUAAUUAGCGUCUGCAAAAUAAAAAUUUCUAAUAGCCAGCUAAGUUAAUUUCUAUUCCACAUUAUGGAAUAGAAAUAAACUUAGAAGCCUUUAUUCUUUUAUGUUAUAUUUUACUCAAAUAUUACACCUAUUCUAUAAUUUUUUUGCACCCUGUAUAUUUAAAAAUAAUUGUUUCUUAUAGAAGUAAUUUUAAAAAAUGCUACACUAUAUAAAAGUUUUUUUUUUCUUUUGAAAAUGUGACAAUAUUAAGUCGGUUGCAUUUCAUUUGUAUUAUCUGACAAUUUGGCAGAAAGUUAUCUUGUGGCAGAUUAAAACAUGCUAUGUCACUAUUUAAAUUUUAAGAAUUACUGAUUUUGAAAUCAGAGGGGUAAGAAAGUAUUUAUGUUUUAAUUGUGAAGUAAAUACUUCUAUAUGUGCCUUAAUAAAUUUGUUACAUUUGAGUAAUAUUAUUUUUAUACUGACAUUAUGAA